UUUUGUUUGUUAAUCAGCGGAAAGUAAAUCUACCAAUGAUACCAGCAGGGACCAACCGGUUCUUCCAGUUGCGUCAUCUUCAAUCACUGGCACUGCUGAAGGCACCAUAUCCACUCCCACUGUAAGCGAGGAACUGAAAGUUGCUUCUCAGCUUUAGAAAUUCUCCUAUAAUGAGCUCAAGUCAGCAACAAGGAACUUUAGACCCAAGAGUCAUCUUGGGGAGGGGGGCUUGGUUGUGCCUUCAAAGGUUGGAGUGGAUCAUUGAAAAUGGAACUGCUCCAAUGAAACCUGGCACAGGAUUGUGUGUUGCUAUCAAAACCCUCGACCGGGAUGGACUUCAGGGUCAUAAAGAAUGGCUUGGUCUCAUCCGCUGCCCUGGUCCACCGGUGCUGCCAAGGGCCUUGCCUUUCUUCAUGAGGAAGCUGAAAAACCAGUAAUUUAUUGAGACUUGAAAACAUCUAAUAUCCUUUUGGAUGCGGAUUACAAUGCCAAGCUUUCUGAUUUUGGACUAGCUAAAGAUGGUCCAGAGUACAAAAUAACAGGGCAUCUGACAUCUAAGAGUGAUGUCUAUAGCUUCAGGGUGGUUCUUCUUGAGAUGUUGACAGGACGAAUGUCCAUGGACGAAAACCAACUAAAUGGGGAGCAUAACCUAGUGGAAUGGGUUUGGCCGUAUCUUGAAGAGAAACCAAGGUUGUACGGACUUAUAGAUCCUUGCCUUGAAGGACGCUUCUCAAUCAAAAGGGCACAGAAAGCAAUUCAAUUGGCUGCCCACUGUCUUGGCCAUGCUCCCAAAGUCAGACCUUUGAUGAGCGAAGUUGUUGAAGCACUAAAGAGUCUGCUGAAUCUCAAGGACAUGGCUUGUUCUUGAUCUCACUUCCAGGGCAUGCAAGCAGAGCGUGCAGGGUCCAUUGCAAAUGCUAGAAUUGGUGGAAGAGUGCAAGGUGGUUUCCCAUCAAGGAAUGUUCGACCAAGCAGGAGCAUCUCUAUGCCAAAUGGGCCACAUGUUUCUCCAUAUCACCAUAACCAUCUUCAUUGGUCACCCAAACCUGAUGUUGGACAAUCUUCAGGUUAAGUCCAUGCCUACCUGCGUGCUUUGUCUUGUUUUAUUUUAUGUGUUUCUGCUAGGAGUGCGUUAGUGAGCUUUGGAAGUUUAUGAUGAUAAGCCUGUUAAGUUCCUUUCUGAGUAGAAGUGCAUUAAUGGGUUCUGCACUGUGGAGAAACAUGAAAGGGCUCUUGUAGCUUAUGAUAUGUUUAAAUUUUAAAAUAGUUAAUGCCCUUUCUUUAGUGCUUACCUCACAUCUUCUAUGCUAUCAAGGUUGAUGCAAAUUAGGGAUUACAGUUUCAGUGAUGCCAAUCAGGAUUGACUAAACAAGAAGGGGGAAAAAAAUGUUGCAUUUUUUGAACUACUUGCCUAUUUGCACAGCCAGUUUCUUCUGCCGAGUGCUGGACCUACUUUCGGUGCAUUAAAAUGUUUCUGUAAAA